AUGUCUUUAAACUACAUCAAGAACUUCUACGAGGGCUGCCUCAGGCCUCCCACGGUGAUUGGCCAGUUCCACACCUUGUUCUUCGGCUCGGUGCGGAUGUUCUUUCUGGGCGUCCUUGGCUUCGCUGUUUAUGGAAAUGAGGCGCUGCACUUCAGCUGCGACCCGGAUCGCCGAGAACUCAACCUGUACUGCUACAACCAGUUCAGACCCAUAACCCCUCAGGUUUUUUGGGCGUUACAACUGGUAACAGUGCUGGUUCCUGGGGCGUUCUUUCACCUCUAUGCGGCCUGUAAGAACAUCGACCAGGAAGAGAUCCUCGAACGACAAGUCUACACCGUCUUCUACAUCAUCUCUGUUCUUCUACGCAUCAUUCUGGAAGUCGUCGCCUUCUGGCUACAAAGCCACCUCUUUGGCUUCCAGGUCCACCCGCUGUUCAUGUGUGAUGCCAGUGCUUUGGAAAAGACCUUUAAUGUGACGAAGUGCAUGGUGCCCGAACACUUUGAAAAAACCAUCUUCCUCAGUGCCAUGUACACCUUCACCGUGAUCACCAUACUCCUCUGUGUAGCUGAGAUAUUUGAGAUACUCUGCCGACGUCUUGGUUAUCUCAACAACCAAUGA